CAUAUUGGCAUUAGUCGCUGAACUGUCGUUUGUCCUUGACAAUAUAUUGUCUUUUAUUCAAACACGAGAUCACUAUAGUAUUUUCUCAGGGUUGUAAAUCUGAUUUUUUUUGUCUGUUUCUUAAAGCAUAUCCAGCAUUAUGAGACUAAUUAUUGUGUUGUGCUCCAUUAUUGUGCUGGUGGUAGCCCAGCCAACGAAAAAUAAUGAAUUUUGGAAGGGCACCAGUAUGGAUUCGAUUGUUGAUCAAACGAAAGCCGAUUGUGCACAAAAAAACGACGAAAUCGCCUGUAUGAAGUUCAAAGUUCUCAGUCUUCUCGAUCAAAUCUUCCGCAAAGACAGUUUCAAGAUAUCGGAAACAGUGGAAGUCACUCGUAACUCAAAUCCAGUUGAAGAGUUGUCUGCGCGCAGUGAACCCUCAUUUCUUGAGAACUUGAGGACUUAUCUGAUCUCUCACGAUGUGACGUUCAAACUUCCUCUUGAAUCAUCAGUUAAAGUCAGCUCAAGGAAUAUUGACGACGAUGAACUUAGUUUCAAUUUGAAAUUUGGCCAGGGACGUGCAAUUGAAGAAGCACGUAAAUCCAAAUUGAAAAAGGUCAUCAUUCCAAUUCUCGUGUUUGUUUUGCUCAAGGCCAUGACAUUGAUUCCCCUGGCAAUUGGAGUACUUGGAUUGAAGGCAUGGAAUGCUCUUCAAUUGUCAUUUUUUAGCUUCGUCGUGUCAGUAGGAUUGGCGAUAUUCCAACUUUGUAAAAAAAUUGCCGCCGACAGUCAUUCAGCACCACUUGCUGCACAUGGACCAUGGGAGUAUCAAGCUGCACAAUAUAGAGGAUUCAAAGAUGAUGAUUCCUUACCAAUGUCUACGUCAGAAUUUUCUCACAAUAUGGCUUAUUCAGGUUAUGCAAAAGAAUAAGACUAUAUAUGCAUUUGUUUUUUUUUUUAGAUAACUUAAACUUUUGUAAAAUAGCUUCUUUUCUGUGUGUAUGACUGUAUUUAAUAAAUUAUUAUUAUUGUCGUAACUCAA